AUGAGACCCAGUUUAAUAAGAUUAGUACGACCAAGAAGACCAGAGCGACCAAAUAAAUCCCCUUUGUUACCACCAUUACAAUUAUAUAGAUCAAUUUUGCGAGCUCAUGUACAAAAAUUACCACAAGAAUUACGUUAUUUAGGUGAUCAAUACGUCAAGAAGGAAUUUAAAGAUCAUAAGAAAAUUGAUAAUCCUUUACAUAUUGUAGGGUUUUUAACUGAAUGGCAAGACUAUCUAAAACAAAUUGAUGGUGGGAAAUGGUUAGAUGGAAAAUUAAGUAAAAAUGAUUUAGAAAAAAUGACACCUGAACAAAUUGGUCAGUUAUACGAAUUAAUGGAAGCUACAAAAAAAUUAGGAGAAAAUGAAAUAGAAUAG